GAAGAAGAGAGAAGUGGAUUCUAGAAUCCUACAACCGUAACACUGUAACAGAGUCGUCUCCACUGCUACAAGCUUAACCUUCUCCUCGAUUGUUCCGGUUUGCGAUGGCAACACAGAGCAACAAAGACAUCUUCUUGGGUGGAUUAAGGACUCUCUUUGAAGAACAAUGGCAAGUAGAUGUACUCCUCAAGGCAGGAAACAGUGAUGAGCGUGCAGCUAUCUCCGCCCACAAACUUGUUCUGGCAUCAAGGUCAAUGGUGUUGAAGAAGAUGAUGGAAUCAGACGAGUUGAAGUCUUCAUCUAAGCUAGAGACAGUCACUUUCUCCGAGAUGAAACACGAGGAACUUGAGGCUUUGGUUGAGUUCAUGUACAGCGUUGAUGGCUCCAUUUCUCCUGAAAGUCUCAAGAAACAUGUUAGGUCACUCUAUCUUGCAGCCGACAAGUACGAGAUUCCGCAUCUGCGUGACCUAUGUAGAAAGCAUCUUAUAUCAUCUCUUAACUCGUCCAACGCUCUUAACAUCCUUGAGCUUGCUCAAAUCCCUUUUGACAAGGCCCUUAACGAUGCGGCUUUCACUACUAUCAAGAACAAUAUAAGCUCCAUCGCUAGCUCUGCUGAGUUCAAGUUGUUUGUAGUCAACCAUCCAGAUCUUUCUGUGGAGAUCAUGAAGGCUUCUCUUAUUCGGCCUCGUACUAGUGCUAGCUGUCAUUAUUGUGGUAGUAGCUUCCGCUACUAGCGGAGUGGAUGCAGAUAAACUAAUAAUUCAAGAUUUUUAACCUUGGCCUGAUGAUCCUACUGCUUUGGUUUCGAAUGUUUGUAGUUUUUAGAGUAGUAUUUGAUGUUUCUUUUUAAAAGAAAGAAACUAUUGUAUUAUCAAUGUACAAAACUCUCUUUUCGUGAGAGGCUGCAGCUGGUCUCCUCUGUUACAUAUAAUAGUACCUUUAGUU